AUGAGCGUUAAUGACGGAAAGAAAGGUGGGAUGAAUGAUGGAAUACAAGGCAUGCGAAACAUGAUGAGUAUGAGUGGAGGUGGUGGUAUGGGGCCCAUGGGUCAGAUGGGUCAAAUGGGUGCGGUUCAAGGACUUCCAGCUAGUGCAGCCAUGAAUGGUGGUGGUGGUGGUUAUUUCCAAGGUGGAGGAGGUGAAGCCAUGGCCGGAAACCCGCACUACCAGCAGCAGUUAGCGGCGGCAAUGAUGAACCAACAACGAGCAAACGGGAACGAAAGGUUUCAGCCCAUGAUGUACGCCCGCCCACCACCGGCGGUCAACUAUAUGCAGCCACCCUAUCCCCAUUACCCCUAUCCUCAACCACCACAAGGUGACCCCCUCGGACACUCUUUCAAUGAUGAGAAUACUUCAAGCUGCAAUGUCAUGUAG